ACAAUGACUUGGAUCUAACUGCCUAGAUGGAGAAGAAUAUUUCUGCUGCAUCAAGGAAGCCGUUAAACUCCUGCUAAACUCUGUCUCUCUCUCUCUCUCUCUCUCUCUCUCUCUCUCUCUCUCUCUCAUGCAUAUAUACAGACAACCAGCUUCCUUUUUAGUGACCAGAUGUUAUUUUUUGACAAUCUAGGACAUUCCAAAAGCGUGGGGGCAAAUGACUGGAAAAUGAAAGGACCCCGGAGCGUGGCCACAUCAUUAUUUUGUAUCGCAUGGUACCAGAUGGCCAGUCAGUGAAUGGCUCAGGGACGUGAACGGACAGUUUUGGUUUUUUUUAUAAUGUUAAUUUCCCCCCUCCCCAUAAAGGUAGAAAAGACUUCAUUUCCCUCUCCUUUCUUUUGAUCUUUAGUGCAACAUCAAUUAACUUUGCAGUGGGGUGGCCAGAAAGGAAAGAGGAUGAAGCGAGCUCUAUAAUUUUAGUAAGUGCCGAAGGAAUCGCAGUGCCCUGGGAACUGCGGCUGCGACCCGCGUCCGCGUCCAGUGCGGAUUUCAGGGUUGACACAGCUCAGCCGGGCAUGGAGCGGUCUCUGCGCUUCCACCACCGAGGAUAGAAACCCGGCCCCUGAGAGGGGUCUGCCGAUCCUGCGGCAGUCUUGGAGGCCUCUUCCGACUCUCAUCGACUAUUAUCACCGCUCCUGAAAAGUCAUGGAAGACGGCCCACUGCCAGACCUCCGAGACAUCGAGCUGAAAAUGGGGCGCAAAGUACCCGAGAGCCUAGUGCGCUCGCUCCGCGGGGAAGAACCGGUUUCCCGGGAAAGGGACCCGGACCUCUGCGGGAGGAGCGAGGGUGGCGGCGGCGGAGGCUGCAGCAGUAGCCGCAGCAACUGCAGUUUCCCUACUUCCUUGUCGUCUUCCUCAUCUUCCUCCCCAACCUCUUGUUCCCCACAACGACGACGUAGCCACUCCAGCGCCUUGGAGAGGCUGGAAACCAAGCUUCACCUGCUCAGGCAAGAGAUGAUUAACCUCAGAGCCACAGACGUCAGACUCAUGCGCCAGUUGCUUGUUAUCAAUGAGAGCAUUGAGUCCAUCAAAUGGAUGAUUGAAGAGAAAGCCACGAUUACCAGCCGAGGUAGCAGUCUCAGUGGCAGCUUGUGCAGUUUACUUGAGAGCCAGAGCACCUCUUUACAUGGCAGCUACAACAGCCUACAUGAUGGCAGUGAUGGGCUGGAUGGCAUUUCUGUGGGGAGCUAUCUUGACACUUUGGCAGAUGAUGUCCCAGGCCAUCAGACCCCAUCAGACUUGGACCAAUUCAGCGACAGUUCAAUAAUAGAAGAUUCACAUGCAUUGCACAAGCAUCCCAAACUGAAUUCUGAAUACUACUGCUUUGGCUAAUGACCACAUUUUUGCAUGGGAUUGGUGUGCAAUUAACUUGUAUUCAUCCUUCUCUGCUGCUAUAUUUUUGUCUGAUUUUUUUAUAUGGCAACCUUUAAAAAAGAAGCUUAUUUUGAAAUUGCUUAUUGGCGUUUCUGUUGCUCCUAAUAUUACUCAUCUGUACUGAUUUUCUUUCUUACAUUUCUAUUUUAUUUAUUAUAGUGGUUUUCUCCCUUCUUUUACAGUGGCACAAAUAAAGUAGGGGGGAAAGAAUAAGCAAUAAUUAAGAUUAUCAGGGCAAGGGGUCAGGGACUACAAGAAAAACUGCAAAAUUUUACAAUAAACCAAAGUCUGGUAA